AUGCACAGAACUUACUCUUUAAGAAAUCAAAGAGCCCCUACGGCUUCUGAGCUGCAAGCUCCUCCUCCACCACCAUCCUCAACGAAAUCUAAAUUUUUCGGAAAGGCCUCAAUUGCAUCUAGUUUCAGAAAAAAUGCAGCUGGUAAUUUUGGACCAGAGUUGGCACGUAAAUUGUCUCAAUUGGUGAAGACAGAAAAAGGUGUCCUGAGAGCUAUGGAAGUCGUCGCCAGCGAACGCCGUGAAGCCGCCAGGCAGCUAUCCCUCUGGGGUGCUGACAAUGAUGAUGAUGUUUCCGACGUCACCGACAAAUUGGGCGUCUUGAUAUAUGAAUUGGGCGAAUUACAAGACCAAUUCAUCGAUAAAUAUGACCAAUACAGAGUUACUUUAAAAUCAAUUAGAAACAUUGAAGCCUCCGUUCAACCUUCUAGAGAUCGUAAGGAAAAGAUUACUGAUGAAAUUGCUCACUUGAAAUAUAAGGACCCUCAAUCAACAAAAAUUCCAGUUUUAGAGCAAGAGUUGGUCCGUGCUGAAGCAGAAUCUUUGGUUGCGGAGGCUCAAUUAUCCAACAUCACACGUGAAAAGUUGAAAGCUGCUUACAGUUACAUGUUUGAUUCUUUAAGAGAACUUUCUGAGAAAUUUGCCCUGAUUGCUGGGUAUGGGAAGGCACUCUUAGAAUUGCUAGACGAUUCACCUGUUACUCCAGGUGAAGCCAGACCAGCCUAUGAUGGCUAUGAAGCUUCUCGCCAAAUCAUCAUGGAUGCCGAAUCAGCUUUGGAAUCCUGGACUCUAGAUAUGGCUGCAGUCAAACCUACCCUUUCAUUCCAUCAAACCGUUGACGAUGUCUAUGAAGACGAUGAAGAAGAAGAAGAAGAAGAAGAAGAAGAGGAAGAUGGCGAAAAUCAAGAUGGGGGUGUUCCCGGUCAAGUAGUCGAAGAAGAGGAGGUUGAAUGGACCACUGAAAUCCCUGCAGAGGACGAAACCCAUGAAGCCGCUUAUCAAGAUAGUCAAAACGGUCGUACCUCCGGUUCCGAACACAUCUGA